AUGCAGAAUAUUGUAUAUCCGAUCUUGUCUCUCUUGCUGUCAUUCAAUUUGGUGCAAUCAUUGCCUGUAGUGAAUACCAAAUAUGGUUCAAUAGCUGGUUUUCAGGAAAAUGGUGUCAAUGCAUUUCUUGGUGUUCCGUAUGCCGAACCUCCUAUUGGAAACCUAAGAUGGAACAAUCCAGUAGAGAAAAACAAGUGGGUAAAUACAUACAACGCCACUCAGCUUCAACCAGGUUGUCCACAGAAAGGAUGCAAAGACACGAACCCAUCAUUCGUCUGUCCUGAUAAGACUUCUGAAGACUGUCUAUAUUUAAACAUUUGGACUCCUUUGAGUGCUAAUUCAUCCACAGCUUUUCCGGUAAUGGUAUAUUUGCAUGGAGGCAACUUUGUCCAUAUGAGCGUUUCUUCCAUGCUGUUUAACGGCCAAUAUUUUGUAAAGUUGGGACAAGUAAUACUGGUAACACUAGAUUACAGACUGGGUGCAUUGGGGUUUCUGUUGACAAAAGAUACACCCACUCAGAAAGGAGCUACAGGCAACUAUGGUAUACUAGAUCAACAAUUUGCAUUGAAAUGGGUGGCAGAAAAUAUCAAAUACUUCGGAGGAGACCCAAAUAAGGUAACAUUGUUUGGACAAAGCGCAGGUGCACAGUCAACUGUUAUCCACCUAAUGAAUGCUGAAAGUUCAAUAUAUUUCCAAAAGGCUAUAAUAGAAAGUGCACCGAUAUCUAUCCCGUUCAAAGACCGGGCUGAAGAACUUUUCCUUGGAGAAAUGAUAACACUAGAACUUGGAUGUCAGCCAAAUGACAUGGCAUGUCUCCGUUCUAAAACCGCCGAUGAAGUUGCAUUAGCACAAAAAACUGUUCGCGGUUACCCAAGUUCAAUAAAACUUUUAGAAUUCUUUGAGCCUUUGGGACCGUAUGUUGAUGGUCAGGUUGUACCAUUUCAACCUCUAGAGGCAGCACGACGUGGUUAUUUACAGAAGAAGCCAUUUAUCAUCGGAUCUUUGACGGAAGAAACGAGAAUUUUUAUUUUUGAAGCAUGGAAUCAUACGAUUAGUCCUACAUUGUAUGCAGAAGCACUUCUAGCAACGUUUGGACGCAACGUUGUUGAAAUCUUAGGAAUGUACCCCCCUAACAACCCUGAAGACGAACGCGAUGACUUGCAAAUUGCGUCUACUGAUUUUAUUUUCACCUGCCCGACGAGGAAUUUUACCAGAUCAGUGAAAACGAAAACCAGCAUUGACGCAUGGGUUUACAUUUUUGAUCAUUUCUUUUCAUUUAAUGGCUGGGGGAAAUUCACAGAGUGUAACUAUCAUGUGUGUCAUGGUUCAGAUAUUCCAUACGUGUUUCAAUCAUUCCGUUACAGUGCUAAUUUUACAACAACACCUGAGGAGAAUAUAAUGUCUGAUAAUUUGAUAAACUAUUUUACCAAUUUUGCCAAAAAUGGAGAUCCAUCAGUAGGCAAUCCAAUUCCUUUCAACUGGCCAAAAUAUGGCAAAAAUACUAACUGGCAAAGUUUGAGAUUUAAAACCCCAGCCAGUGAGUUAGACAGUGUAUUUAGGGACAAUUAUUGUACAUUUUGGGAUACAAUAGGGUACAGUGCAUGAUCUUCGGCUUUAUUGUUAUAUGAAUCAUUAGAUAUUAUUAAAUUGCCUGCAGUUAAAAAUU